AUGGACGACUCGCAUGUGAUCCAGGGCAUCUCCUGGGGCGACAUGGUCGCGCACAUGGAGCGCGGCGGCAUGGACCGCGGCAUGGUGUAUUUCGGCUAUAACCUGAUUCUCCACUACGUCUACAGCUACCUCCCCGACCCGCCCGUCUCCCCCUCCCCCGCCGCCACCCUCUCGCUCUCCGCCGCGCCCUCGCCCCCCGACGCCGUCGACCGCAUCAGCCGCCUCCCCGACGCGGUCCUCCGCGACAUCGUCUCCCGCCUCCCCGCCAAGGACGCCGCGCGCACCGCCGCCCUCGCCUCGCGCUGGCGGCCCCUCUGGCGCUCGGCUCCUCUCACUCUCGCCGACAGCCACCUGCUUCCGGACGGCGGCGCGGGCGGUCAGCUCGUCAUCGGCGCUGCCUCUCCCCGCGCCGUCACCGACGCGGUGUCCCGCGUCCUCGCGGCGCACCCGGGGCCCUUCCGCUGCGUCCACCUCACCCGCAGCACCAUGGAGGAGCACCGCGGCGAGAUGGCCCGCUGGCUCGACAUCCUCGCCGCCAAGGGGGUCCAAGAACUCGUCUUUGUCAACCGCCCUUUGCCGAUAGACCUGCGCCUCCCCGCCACCAUCUUCAGCUGCGCCUCCCUCACCCGCCUCCAUCUCGGCAUCUGGAGGCUCCCGGACACCGCCGCCGUACCGCGCGCCGCCAGAUUCCCCAAUCUCCGGGAGCUCGGCCUCUAUUGGAAUUCCAUGGAGGACCGUGAUCUCGACUUCAUGCUUGAAAGAAGCCCCGUCCUGGAGUCGCUCUUCAUCAUGGGAUUCCAGAGCGGAUUACGCCUCCGCCUCGUCAACCACAGCAUCCGCUGCAUUCAGCUGGGCUUUUCCUUCGCGGAGGACAUCGACGUGGUGGACGCCCCUAGCCUGGAGAGGCUCUUUCAGUUUGCCGAGCUCACCGAUUCCCCCAAGAUGAACAAUGGCCGCUCCACCAGGAAACGCUCUUCUAUGAUCAAGAUUGGCUCUGCUCCUAAACUGCGUGUGCUGGGAUACCUUAAGCCAGGAGAGCAAGAGCUGGCUGGGAGCAAGGAGAACAUUGUCCCUAGUGUGCAGAUUUUGGGCAUAGAGGUGCAGUUCGGUGUCCGCAAUGCUGUCAAGAAAGUGCCUGGCUUCCUCAGAUGCUUCCCCAACCUGGAGACGCUCCAUGUCCAUUCCCACCCCAUAUCUGAAGAGUCCACUGGCAAGGUGAAUGUCAAGUUCUGGCAGGACGGAGGUCCCAUCAAAUGCAUCCUGCAGAGCAUGAAGAAGGUGUUCUUCUAUGAGUUCCGAGGGUCGAGAAGCGAGGCUGCUUUCCUCAAGUUCGUCGCGGAGAAGGCUCGGGUGCUGGAGCAGAUGGUGGUUGUGGUGGCCAUAGAGUGUUUCUCCCUGGGGGAUGAUAAUGUGAGGGUGAAGCUGAAGCCUCUAACCAGCGCAAAAUGGAACAGCAAAGCUUGCAGACUAGAGCUCUUCAAGAGCCCGGUCACUGACGGUUCAGGUCAUGCUUACAACCACGAACUAGCUUCUGAUUUUGAGUUUGCUGACCCUUUUGACCUCAAGUACUACAAAAGAGCAGAAAGGAUCUCUGUAAGUUAA